UAUUGAUCAACCAUAAAAUAAAGUUAGGCUUAGGUUUUAAUAAUUCCCUUUGUUGUUGUAAUCAAAGAUGGGCGUUUGGACCGAGCAAGACGGACCGAAUAGGAUCAAAAACACCCUUCACGUCAUCAACCCAACCAAACCGAAAUGUUGGUUUUUUUGGAACUAAAUUAUUUUUUGAGUCCGACUAAAUAAAAACUUGUCUUUUUUCAUGCUAGACGAAGGCCAUUUAACUUUUUUACAAAGACUAGACCGGAUUUUUUUCUUGACCGGCUGGACCUUUCCGGAACCCGUUGUUAACCUGGACCGGUCGGAACCCUCCAGUCUAUUUUGGACCAUAUUGAUGGAUCGGUUGUGUGCAACUGCAACUCUGGAUGUGGUUCACCAUCGUUAACUUCCAUUACAAGCUUGCUCCGUGGGAAAUAUUUAUACCGCCAAAAACAUUGGCACAAACCCUCCCUCUGGAUUCCGAAUUGGAAUCCCAUUAGAUAAAAAACCGUAAAUUGGGUUUGUGUGAAAGAUUACUGGAAAACCCAGCUGAAUUGCUUGUGAGGAUGCCGAUUGAGAUGCCAAAAGGGCUACCAUUCUCGGUGGAUACAUGGACGCCAUGUUCUAACAGAAAGAGACACCGUUUUCUAACCCAUGCGCACAAAGAUCAUUCUCAAGGAAUCUCUACUCACGCUUCUUUUCCGAUCUACGCUACCCGUAUCACCAAAACCCUCACUCUCAACUAUUACCCGCAACUUAAUGAGUCAUUAUUUGUGGAAAUUGAGAUUGGUCAGUCGAUUGCUAUUGAUGAUCCCGUUGAAACUUUUACGGUUACUGCCUUCGAUGCAAAUCAUUGCCCUGGUGCAGUCAUGUUCUUAUUUGAAGGCACAUUCGGUAAUAUCCUGCACACAGGAGACUGCAGACUUACACCCGAGUGUUUGCAAAGAUUACCUGAGAAAUAUUUAGGCAAGAUACCCAGAGAACCUAAGUGUCGACUUGAUUAUGUCUUCUUAGACUGCACAUUCGGGUCAUUUUCUUCAAAGAUGCCUAGCAAACAUGUUGGAAUCCGGCAGGUUAUUGAUUGCAUAUGGAAGCAUCCCGAUGCUUGUGUCGUGUACCUGACAUGCGACCUUCUUGGUCAGGAAGAAAUUCUUGUUAAUGUGUGCCAAACUUUUGGCUCAAAAAUCUUUGUUGACAAAGAAAACUACCCAGAAUGUUUCCAGUCUCUAUCUCUGAUUGUGCCCGAUAUCCUUUCGCAAGACCCAUCUUCAAGAUUCCAUAUUUUUGAUGGUUUCCCAAGACUCCCCGAAAGAGCAGAAGCAAAACUAGCAGAAGCUCGAGCUAAUUUUCAGCCCGAGCCUCUUAUCAUACGUCCUUCUGCCCAGUGGUACGUCUUUGAGGGUGUUUCUUCAGAAGCUGAGAAACGAAAAAAUGGUCAAUUCAAAGAAGCAACGAAGGACCAAUUUGGUAUUUGGCACGUCUGUUAUUCAAUUCAUUCGUCUAGAGACGAACUUGAGUGGGCCCUAAAACUACUUGCACCUAGAUGGGUGGUGUCGACCACCCCCGAGUGUAGAGCGAUGGAGCUUAGUUACGUGAAAAGCCAUUGCUCUUAUAGUAAUUUAGCUUCGGAUGACCCUCUGUGGAAACUUCUAGACAUUGAUGUCGAGGCUCCAUUCAUCAAUGAAGAUGUACAGGAUGUUUCCAUUAGUUCAUCUCCUUCUCUUCUGGAACGAUCUUCAGGGGCUCGGUCGGAAUCAUCGCAGUCAUUUGUCAGUAAUAAAGAAAUCUUGACUGCAUCUUCUCCAGGCAAAAAGCCAUCUGUGACAUUGUUUGGAAGAGCAAGGCUUGGACUCGGCAAUUCUACCGUUGUUUAUGAAGAGUUGGUCAAACCUGAAACCACAUACCAGAAUGAAUACAUCGAGGUUCAGUGCAAGAAUGAAGUGGGUUCAGAUAGGGACGUUUCUGAAGGUACAUGUGACGAGUCAAAGUCAAAGGAGCUAACGUAUUCUUCACCAAGUGGAUUGUCGAAGGGAGUUGGUGAGAACAUAAGGAAGUUGUAUAGGGGUAUGCAUGUUCCGGUGCCAAAACCACUUCCUUCGUUGGUGGAUCUAUUGAAUGACAUAAAGCGUAGCAAGAGAAAGUUUAUGUCGUAGAAUUUGCAGCUUUACAGUAAAACGCAAUU